UAAUCAACGACGACAUCGAAGAAGAAAGGAGGCGGAAGAAAGAAAGGAGAAAUAAAGAAAAGAAAAGAAAAGAAAAGAAAAGAAAAGAAAAGAAAAGAAAAGAAAAGAAAAAAAAAGAAAGAAGAAGAUAGGAGGAUGCAUAUGAGUGACGUAAAAUAGGAAAAAGAGAGAGGAAGAAAAAAAACGAGAAGAAAGAAAACAGAAGAAAGAAAAAUAAGAGAACGCCAAUAAAAUUUGAUUCUCGCGGGGUUCUCAUACUAUUUUUCUCCGUUGGAUUGAGUAUUCGAAAAGAAAAGUGAAAAAAAAAAAGAAAAGAAAAAUAAAGGGAGAGGUAGGGAGGGAAAGAGAGAGAGAGAGAGAGAGAGAGAGAGAGAGAGAGAGAGAAGAAAAAAAAAAAGGGAGGGAAGAGAGACGGACCGAGAGCGCGUGCGUGUGUAUCGGGUGUGCGCGUGUGUAGGGUCGAAGGUUAGCGCGAGGGUAGCUAAGAAGGAUCGUGCGUAAGAGGGUAGGUAGUGCUCGGUCGUCCCAACCGAACUGCUAUCCGGCGUAAAAAAGUCUCUCGGGAAUACGACGUAGCUCAGCUCCAAAGAGAGAGAUAGAUAGAGAUAGAGAGAGAGAGAGAGAGAGAGAGAGAGAGAAAGACAGUGGGAGAAGUAGAUAGGUAGAUAGAUAGGUAGGUAUAUAGAGUGAGUGAGUGAGUGAGUGAGAGGGAGGGAGGGAGGGAGGGAGGGAGAAAGAAAGAGAGAGAGAGAAAGAGAGAGAGAGUGAGACAGCGUGUGUGAGAGAGAAUCGUGUGCGUCCGUACGCGCAAAAGCUGGUGCUCCCCCACUCGCUAACUUGUUGAGCCUCUCUCACGGGCCAAGCGUGCCGUGGCCCGGGUUUGUCGUCUCGUUUCGAGCGGUGCGCGCGAAAACGUACGUCUCGUUAAUACGUCCAGUAGAGAAAGAGGAAGAAAAUAGAAGAAGGUCAAUUGGUAUAGAAAAAGGGAGGCGAUUUUGGUGAGUGAUCAUUCAAAAUGAAAGCGAUCGGUUCGUCGUUGAUAUUAGCACAGCUGGUGCUAACAUUGAUUACGAAGAGUCUUGGAUAUGGUCGUCCCGAUGUCCUUGGCCAACGCAACGACGUACACGAGGAUCCACUCGUUGUUGAAACUACGAGCGGACUCGUUCGUGGAUUUAGUCGUAACGUCGUAGUACGUGACGUUCAUAUAUUUUAUGGAAUACCAUUCGCAAAGCCACCGAUUGGUCCUUUACGUUUUCGCAAGCCAUUACCUAUCGAACCUUGGCACGGUGUAUUAAAUGCGACGGUAUUACCGAAUAGCUGUUAUCAAGAACGAUACGAGUAUUUUCCUGGCUUCGAGGGUGAAGAAAUGUGGAAUCCUAACACCAAUAUAUCUGAGGAUUGUCUCUAUCUCAACAUCUGGGUACCCCAGAGAGUUAAGUUGAGGCAUAAGGGCUCCGAACCACCUGACAGCAACGAGAGAAACGGCUUACCGAUACUCGUUUGGAUUUAUGGGGGUGGAUUCAUGACCGGUACCGCCACGCUCGACGUUUACGAUGCCGAUAUAAUGGCUGCAAUGAGUAGCGUUAUCAUUGCCUCGAUGCAGUAUCGCGUAGGUGCAUUUGGAUUCUUAUAUUUGAACAAACAUUUUGGAAGUAAUAGCGAGGAGGCACCAGGAAAUAUGGGCUUGUGGGAUCAAGCAUUGGCAUUAAGGUGGUUGCGGGACAACGCUGCCGCCUUUGGCGGUGAUCCAGAUUUGAUAACGAUUUUUGGUGAAUCAGCUGGUGGAAGCUCGGCAAGCCUACAUCUUAUUUCCCCGGUAACCCGUGGCCUUGUACGCCGUGGUAUACUUCAAAGUGGGACCCUAAACGCACCCUGGAGUUACAUGACCGGUGAAAAGGCUCACGAGGUUGCACGUGUUCUCGUUGACGAUUGUGGCUGUAAUUCUACCAUGCUCCAGGAAAAUCCAGCGCGUGUAAUGGCCUGCAUGAGAUCCGUCGACGCUAAAACUAUAUCCGUUCAACAAUGGAACAGUUAUUGGGGUAUCCUGGGAUUCCCAUCCGCUCCAACUAUCGAUGGUAUCUUCUUGCCUAAACAUCCUCUUGAUCUCUUACGCGAAUCUGACUUCAAGGACACCGAGAUUAUCAUUGGAAAUAAUGAGAACGAAGGAACUUAUUUCAUUCUGUACGAUUUCAUCGAUUUCUUCGAGAAGGACCAAGCGAGCUUUUUGGACCGUGACAAAUUCGUUGGCAUUAUCGAUACCAUUUUCAAGAAUAUGUCGCAGAUCGAGCGUGACGCCAUCAAAUUUCAAUACACCGAUUGGGAACAAUUAAAGGACGGUUAUCUCUAUCAAAAGAUGAUAGCCGACGUAGUCGGUGAUUAUUUCUUCAUAUGCCCAUCGAUACAUUUCGCUCAACUAUUCGCCGAUCGGGGAAUGAAGGUCUACUAUUACUUUUUCACUCAGAGAACCAGUACCAAUCUUUGGGGCGAAUGGAUGGGCGUAAUGCACGGUGACGAGAUCGAAUACGUAUUUGGAAAUCCUCUGAAUAUGUCCUUGAAUUAUAGCGAUAAGGAGAGGGAUCUUUCCAUACGAAUGAUCAAGAUUUUCUCUCAAUUCUCUUACGACGGGAAACCAACGAACGAGGAGUCAGAAUGGCCGCCAUAUUCGAGGGAUCGACCAGAAUAUUUCAUUUUUAACGCUGAGAAAAAUGGCCUAGGGAAGGGACUGCGCACUACGUCCUGCGCCUUUUGGAACGAGUUUCUACCGCGGCUCAAAGGAGUACCCGAUCCAGCACCGGAAGCUUGCAAGAGCGUGAUAGCUUCAAGCGUAUCAGCGAGCGGGGCCAAUCGACAUGUUUAUCGAAUGCGGAAUGCCGAAGAUAUUAUUAUAUUAUUGGCGGCUAUCGUCACGUCUAUUUGGAUGAUGUCUCUACGUCUCGUAAACGGCUAACCGACUUCAAGUUUUCUGAUCAAACUCGAAAUUGGCAACGAGUUCUACGUCAAUAUCGCAGUUUAAUUCGCUAUAAUCUACGAGGAGACGUGGAUCUGAGAUUUUAUUCGCUAGGGAGAACCCAAAAGGAAGUAUUCGUCAAACGAGAAAUCAUCAUUGAUAAAGUGUGUUAUCAAACAUUUUAAUAUAGAGAAAGAAAAAGGCAAGAGAGAAAGAAAGAAAGAAAGAAAGAAAGAAGGAAAGAAAGAAAGAAAAAAAGAAAGAAAGAAAGAAAGAAAAAAAGAGAUAGAUAGAUAGGUAGAUAGA